AUGGCCACUACUGCGAGACAACCAAAGCCCCAGCGCAAGGGCAUGCCUGAGCCCGGUGCCCGCCGAGCCCCCGCGUGGGGUGGCGCACGGGCAUCUCCCACCUUCUCCCCGGGCAACAACAAUGCACGACUGCCCAAUGGCCCUCCCGCGGCCACGGGAGCCUUCCCGCCUCUCGGCCACCCUGCCGGCAACGACAAAGAGAACCCGCACGAUCGCAUUCUUGCGCAACUCAUCGGACUUACUACGCACAUACGCUACGAGGGCACGAUCGCCUCGACCAGUGGCGAGGGCGACACUACUGGCGUGACGCUGCGCGACGUAAAGGACCUCUCCGCGCCUGGCGCCCCGCUCAAGGAAACACUGUUUAUUGCCGCAACGAACAUUGAGCAGUGGAGCAGUGGGCCAGCGGACGCCAAAGCUCCCACCACUACUAACGGUGACAGCUUUAAGACCGACACCGAUAUAAGCAAGGCGCCCGCACCGCGCCGCGAGCGCGAACUGCUUGCGUGGGCAGACGACAUACCAGGGUCUGGCCCCGGCUCGCCGCCGCUCGGGGCGGUUGGUUUAGGGAAAGACCGCGACGAGCAGACGUUCGGACCCGGAGCGAACGGGAGCGGGUGGAACCAGUUCGAGGUGAACGAGCGGCUGUUCGGAGUGAAGGCUGGUUUCGAUGAGGAGGCGUAUACGACGAAGCUAGACCGUAAUGCGCCUGACUAUAAGGAGCGUGAGCGGCGGGCUGCGGCUAUUGCCAAUGAGAUCAUGCAGAGCACGACGAACAAUGUGCAUAUUGCGGAGGAGCGGGUGCAAAACCUGGCUGGUGACAGCGUUAACGAAGAAGAGCGGUAUGGAGCCGUUGUGCGCGGUGCGAAUGCUUAUGUCCCUCCGGGUGCGAGGAAGACGAACAGCGCGUCGCCUGGGCAGGGGAAGCAGGAGGUCCCGAAGGUCGCUGUGAACGCUCCCGACGGGUCAGCCGUGUCUGCGGACAAGACGCAGACCGGCACCAGCACGCCGCCUCCGAAAGCGACAUCGCCAGCUCCUGGCGCGACUCAGGCUCAGCCUGCCGCGGAUGCUGUGCCGGCGUUCCGUAGCUUCGUGUCAAACGAGAAGGACAGGCUACUUAAGAAGAAGCAGGCGCUCAUGAAGAAUGAGAUGGAUAAGCGCAUGGCAGAACUUGUGAAGUUCAGUCAGAGUUUCAAGCUCAACAAACCCAUUCCGGAUGACCUUGUCCCCAUCCUCGCCAAGGACGAGGAUAAGCAGCGCCAGAUCCGCGAGAAGUCGACUAAGGACGCUGAGUCGGCACAGGCACGCGCGAUUGGCACGAGCGGCACUGCCCCAGUCGUCGCGCGUGCGCCGCCUGUGUCUCAGGCGACGAUGCCCCUCGCCUCUGGUAAGCCGUUACAAGGGCAGCCCAUUACCAGGCAGUCCGUCCCCGGUGGGAAGACCCGCGCCGCUGAGGCAGGCAAGGGCCGGCCGUCGAUGUUCAUUCAGGCAAUCCCUCCAUUCAAGGGCAAGCGCACGUCAACGAGCAAUGUACCGGUCUCGAUGAGUGUCUCGAGUGCGGCCCCGUCCGGCGCAACUAGCCCAUUGUCGCCGACGGCUGUGAACAGGCUGAACGUGAACGCGUCGUCGUUCCGGCCUACUGUGAAGUCAAUCUCACCUCCAGUGAGUCUGAAUAUACGUAUGUACUGGUGGAUGCUGAUUUAUGACUAUGCUAUGCAGAGUGGCUCACCAAAUCUGAAUGGACAUGCGUCGCCCAAGCCCAAGCCUGGGGAUACUUCUUCACAAGGCCCGCCGAACCCCUUCUUCGGCACGCGUCUCCCCAAGAAAGGCAUGCCUGUGCAUAUCAAAGAGGACUUCAACCCGUUCAGACACAACAAAGUCGCUGACGCUGCCCAAGUUUCACCCACAUGGCCGUACAACGGCAAGCGCUAUAUGCAGAUGUUCCCGCCGCUGCAGACCCCACCUCAGCAGCAGUCGCCGCCCAUGGCUCAUCCCCCGCCGCCUCCUAUGCCCCCACCGCAGUACGAAGACGACCCGUCCGCUGGCCAAGUUGCUACGCGGGGGCCGUAUAUGUACCCGUACCCCCCUUACUACCCAGGACAGCCGAUGAUGCCCGGAAUGGGCCCGCCGCCACCUGGCGCUUACAUGCCUCCUCCAUUCAUGCACCCGAUGCAGUACCCGCACAUGCCGCCAAAUGCCAUGUAUGGCGGUGCCCCUAUGGGUCAAAUGCCACCACCACAAGCGUAUUUGGCCCCUCCUCCUGGUGCCUACCCUGCCCCGCCUAACGGUGCUGGCCCACGACCAUCCAUGCCUCCGACCCCCAUCCCCUCGCACGCUAACCCCUAUUAUCACCAGAGCCCACAAUUGCAACACGCUAUGCCCUACCCCAUGAUGAUGCCUCCGCCUGGUCCUCCCCAUCCAUACGACGGCUCACAAGCUCCGCCCGUGCAAAUGGGCGGCGUGGGCCACGCUUGAGCCCGAGACCACAUUGUGCCGUUAUAUUGCCGCGGACGGUUCCGCGCUGCCUGCCCAGUGACGACGACGAGCGGGGCUGAUAGCCCGGUGUAUGGAGGGGCUGCGCACCCUGUGACGCGAGCGGGGCAGUCGUGUGUAAUAUCGUCACAUCCCAGUGUUGUCUUUGGUCUGUCAUGUUGUUCGCUGCAAUUUGUUGUGUUGCAAUGCAAAACGGAUUAAAAAUAACAAGGGGGGUGUCUCAGGGAUACAGUGGUAUGUGCAAUAGUAUGUGCAGUACAGUGUCGUG